CUAAUACGACCGCAAUAAACAAAAAAACGAUGUAGCAACUCGUUUUUUCCUGUCCACCCAGUUUCAAACUAGCUGCAAAAGAUCCGGGAGUAUAAUCCCCAGCCCGGAAUUAUCCCAUAAAAAGCAGAACUAGAUUUUAGUUUUACUUUACUUCGAUUCCAUCGAGUUUUGGUCGUAUUUUAAAUUUGUCCCCAUUUGGUCGUUUUUCCUAUCCCACUUGAGCUACAAACUACAAAGACUACAUUGCUCAUAAUUGAAGCCGAUUGUGCGCAUGUUAUAAAUCUUCACCCUUACUUUCUCUUUUCUUGUACUACAACAACCAUAAUAAUCUGCGAUCUCAACGGCCAUUUUCACUGCUUCGCUUCACUUCCGACUACGCUACUCUACGCAGAAAAUACUUCCUUCUUUUAACUUGAAAGAGCUCUGAGAUGGAUUGAGGGCUCGGAAUAUUUCGGUAUCAUUACUUUGUUCUUCUCUUCUGUAGCCGUAAGAUGGGGGGUGAGACCAGGGCGGAGCUGUUGUUUCGUAGUUUGUGGAAACAUUCGCAAAAAAGCCCGGUAGGUGGUCCAGAAAAGGGUGUGAUUGGGAUCUUAUCAUUUGAAGUUGCAAGCCUGAUGUCUAAAUUGGUCAAUAUAUGGCAGUGUCUAGAGGAUAGACAGAUUAUGAGACUGCGACGAGAAAUUUCAACCUCACCGGGUAUUCAAAUGUUCAUCUCAGAAGACGAUGAUUAUCUGAUGGAUCUUGCUCACUUGGAGGUCAUGGAAAAUGUGGGAUGUGUGGCAAGGCUGUGGUUUUGCUUGGAAAGAGAUGUACAGACCCUACCUAUCACCAUCUAAACAAGUGUUUGAUGACCCUGUUGAGAUUGGUCUUAAUUGGUGUGGAUGGGAGUAUAGGCUCAAGAAGAUGGAGAGGAAGGUGAAGAAGAUGGAAAGAUUUGUUGCGGUCACUUCACAGCUGCAGCAAGAACUCGAUGUGCUGGCAGAGCACGAGCAAACCUUGAAGCGGAUGCGGGCUAAUCCGGAAUCAAGCCAAGUGAAAUUGCUCGAAUUUCAGCAGAAGGUUAUGUGUCAACGUCAGGAAGUGAAGAAUCUCCGCGAGGUGUCACCCUGGGUUCGUACAUAUGACUACACUGUCAGGCUUUUGCUUAGAUCCAUUUUUACAAUUGUUGCCAGGAUCAAAUUUGUGUGUGGGAUUAACCAGUGGGGAGCUGUUGAGAAAAUUUAUGGUUCUAUACAAAUUAGUAAGAUACGUCUUGUUCGGAGCAAUUCCAUAUCUGACUCAACGCAAUAUGCUGUUCAUUUAUCUGAGAAUAAUUUGUUUGGGAUCAAUUCACGUGAGUUAGGGAGAUCUUGUUCAAAUUUGGGCAUGGCCGGUGAGAAGGACAGAUCAAACUCCAGAAAAUUGAAUGCCUGGCACAAUAGAUCUAUUUUUGGUGGAAAGAAGCAGCAGAAAAAAACCAUACGAUUUGCUCACAUUGGCCCUUUUCACGGAUGCAUGACUGGAAGUGAUUCACCUGCUCUAAAAAAUUUUAUGGCUUCCAGCAGCAACAUUUUAAGGUCAGAUUGUGCAUCCCAUGAAGGCAUUGAAAUGGUGAAAAACUCCAAGAUUUGGCCUGUAUCACACUGUAGCAUAAACUUCAAGCAUAAACAGUUGAAUGUACCCCCAUCUACUCUUGGUUAUGCUGCUUUGGCUCUCCAUUAUGCAAAUAUCAUCAUAUUGAUAGAGAGGCUAGUAUCAUCACCUCACCUGAUCAGCAUGGAUGCUAGAGAUGACCUAUACAACAUGUUGCCUACAAGCAUUAGAACCUCUUUGAGAGCAAAGUUAAAAGUGUUCACCAAAAGUUCUGCUUCAUCUGUUUAUGAUGCUGUCCUUGCAGCAGAGUGGAGAUCAACGUUGUCAAGGAUAUUGGAUUGGCUGUCUCAACUCGCUCACAACACAAUAAAAUGGUAUUCUGAGCGGAACUUUGAGAAGCAGGACAUGACUUCUGGGACAAAUGUGCUUUUAGUCCAGACCCUUUACUUUGCAGAUCAAGCCAAGACAGAAGCGACAAUUGCAGAACUUCUCAUGGGCUUAAAUUACCUUUCAAGGUUCUAUAAGCAACUACAUGAACAACCUUUCCUGGAUUCUUCAUGCAAAAGGGCUUGUGAUGUUUAUGUAUUUGACACAAAAUACUUCCCAAAGCAUGAUCAAUCACACAACGUAGAUGUAGCUCAAACCUCUUGACAAUCUAUAGCAGAGAGUUCGGUAAGGAUAGUUCUAUUGUUGCUGGUUGAACUGAAAUUGGUUUUGCCUACCUUGGUGAAUCUUCAUGUAUUUUGAAGACAUUUCUUCACGCAGCUAAGGUACUAUUUUCAAGUACUCACAUUUUCACUGCAUCCUUUGGACGGCAUCAAAGAUUUUGGAGUACUACUUUGUUUUAGCCUAGCUACUCAACGAGGUAAUCCUUGUAAAUUGUUCAAUUAUGGUGGCAUCAUUCUGAUCUUUCGGCCGCUACCUCGUAGAGAGUAAAAUUGCGCUAUCAUGUAAUCCAUGUCAUGACUAAUAUUCUUUAGCUUAUGUUUAUCCUAAUUUAUGUAUACUGUUUCUGAUGAAAGUUAAGUGGAAUUGCCCGGCAGUAAUUAUAUGUGAGUUUGAUUUUGGAAGUU